AUGAAAGGUGAUGUUGUAUCUGUUUUACAAGCUGGUUGCUGUGCAGGUGCUCUAUUAAUUAAUUUUCUAGCAGACAGAUCAGGUCGUAAAUGGUCAAUUAUUAUCAGUACUUUUAUUUUCAUAAUAGGUUCUAUUCUUCAAGUUGUAGCAAAAAACCUUGCUACAAUGAUGGCAGGGCGAUUUUUUGGAGGCUUUGGUAUUGGUGCAUGUUCAAUGUUAGUUCCGAUGUACAUUGCAGAAAUCUCUCCACGAAAAUUAAGAGGUAGACUAGGCACACUUUGGCAAUUCUUAAUUGUAGUGGGUAUUAUGCUCUCUUAUUGGGUUGAUUAUGCUUGUAUCCGACAUAUUCCUGUCAGUAAUAAGCAAUGGCAAAUUCCUCUUGGUAUUCAAAUAGUUCCUGGAGGACUUCUUUUGAUUGGUAUGUUUUUCUUACCAGAGUCAUUAAGAUGGCUUGCUUCAAAGGGACGUACCGAGGAAAUCAAAAAGAAUCUGAUUCAACUUCGCAACUUACCUAAAGAUCAUCCUGAAAUCGCUGAAGAGCUUGAAGAGAUUACUACUGCUGCUGAAUUAGAUCGUGCCUCAAAAUCAGGUAAAUGGACAGAAAUAUUUGAAAGAACCAAUCGUCAUCGUCUCUUCAUUGGCGUUAUGCUUCAAAUCUUUCAACAAUGGACUGGUAGUAAUGCGAUUAAUUACUAUGCUCCAGAAAUUUUUAGAUCAAUCGGGCUUAAUAGUAAUGAAAUUGAUAUCCUUGCAACUGGUGUUUAUGGAAUCGUUAAAGUUGUAUUUGUUUUGAUUUCAUUUUUUAUGGUAGAUACAAAACUGGGUCGUCGACAGACAUUGAUUAUUGGAUCAGCAGUCAUGCUUGUUUCAUUUUAUGUCAUGGGAGGUAUGAUCUUGGGCCUCCAAAAGGAUAAUGGAGGUAUAUUAGCACCUGGAUCAAAGAUAGAUGCAAAGGGUUACGUUGCUAUGGUUUGCGUCUAUAUCUUUGCUGUGGGCUAUGAAUUUUCAUGGGGACCCAUUGUAUGGAUUGUCUGUUCUGAAAUCUAUCCAACUCGUGUUCGCGCUAUUUCUCUUUCAAUAACUACUGCUUUUAAUUGGGCUAUGAAUGCUACUAUUGCCAAAGUUACACCUAUCAUGCUUGCCAACAUCACCUAUGGUACCUAUUUCUUCUAUGGAACUAUGGCUAUCGUUAUGGGCACAUUUGCCUAUAUCUUUUUACCGGAAACAAGAGGCCGCUCCUUAGAAGAGAUUGACGCUCUCUUUAAUAAAGGGAUGGUUUUAGCAUUUAAAGACAACUAUAAAGUAGACAAAGAACAAAUCAAGCGUGAUGAAGAGGCAGGAAUUUACAAAGAAUAA